GGGCGGGACACGUGUCUUCACCCGCUGCGGCUGCAAAGCUGUUCGCUGCAGGCAUCGGCAUCCUCCUGCCCUCUGUUUUCUCCACUUUCCCCUACCUCCAUCGCUCCACCCUAGGCUGCGCGGCCGGCCGGAACCCCCGCGCGCCUCUCUACGCCACCGCUCUUCGGCCCUGCCUUCUCCGCGGCCGAGAUCUUCCAUUUGUUCUCAUGGACGACAAGAGUGGAAAGGGGAAAGAGAAGGAUGGCUCUGCUUCCACUCCACCCAAUCGCCGCAAGGCCGGACUUAAAUUUUCACCCAAGGUGCCUACUAAGAAAACUCCAAAACGUGUCCCUAAGAUGGAACCAGAAGAGGAGAGCGAACUUGACCCAAUUGAUAAGGAUCUGUUGAGGAAACUUAGAAUGCCACAGAGUAAAGGUGCCCUCGAAAGAAGAUUCAAGGCUGAGAAAAGUGAUGACUGUGUUCAGGUUGCAUUUGGACAAGUGAACUCUUCAACUGCAAGAUCCUUCCCCACCCGUAGAAGUUCUUCAUCAGUUAAACAAGAGCAGGAGGUAAACCUUUUCAGCAAGUAUAUGAUGUCUGGCGUUACGACUUCUGCUGCAAAGUUACCCAAACAGUUCACUGGACCUCAGGACUUUACCCAUCCCAGCUACAACUAUCCUCCUAUUACUCUCCCUCUAAGGAGGCCCCACUCUGCAGAUCCAGAAGAUUUCGACGAAGAUGAGUUCGGAGAGUUUUCUUCCAGCAGAACACAAGAUGGUGAAUUAACUGCAGCUAAGGAACUUGGACUAAUGGUAUGUAUAUCAUGUUGCAUGAUAUCAUGUCGAGGAACACCGUUCUUGCUCAGGUAUUCAUAUCAAUGCAGAAAACCAUGCCACAUGUUGAUGGAGCUGUCUUCUUUUUUGUGGUGGGAUGUCGAUGGAACUGGCACUGAGGACAAGAUGAAUACACCACAGUUGCUCUUCUUCCAGUUCCCUGCAUCUCUUCCUUUACCGCAGGUUCUAUCCGUUGCUGGGGCAGAUAUGGACACCAGUGACAGUGAGGGUGUUGAAACAGAAGAAACCAAUAAGAGGAGGAGACUUGAGUCGGUCAACGGCUGUAAGCUAAAAGAUUUACCAGGUGGUCUCAUGGGGAAGCUGCUCGUGUACAAGAGUGGUAAAGUGAAGAUGCUGCUUGGAGAUGCACUCUUUGAUGUUUCUGCUGGUUUGGACUGCACAUUUGCUCAAGAGGCUGUAGCGAUCAACACAUACAAGAAGCACUGCUGCAGCCUGGGGGAGGUGAACAAGCGUGCGAUCGUAACUCCUGAUAUCGACUACUUGGUAGAUUCCAUCAAGAGGAUCGGUUAGCCUGUGGGGAACUGCAAGUAACUUCUGAUAUUAGCUCUGAAAGUGACACGAAGUGUGUCACUACUUACUACUGCUGCUCCUGUUUCACACUGAGAACUGUGGAGAUGUAAAUUUGCAUUAGGAGAAUCGUGAAAGUUGAUAUCAUGGUGUUGAUAUGUGGUAACAGCUAGUGGAAAUGUUUUGCCGGUCCUUUAA